GUCCAUCUCGAAAUCGUUGCAACGAUGAAAGAACUUCUUACGACUUCCUUUUUUUAUAAGGAGCAUUUUGAUCAGGUCAUCAAAUACUAUAAUCUCGACUUCCCAUCAAAAUUAACUGACUUAGUGGCUGGAAUGUCUUUCGCAAAGAGGGAAGAAUUGCAAACUGUUUUGCAAGAACUUGAUUUGAAUCGUCGAAUGCUUCUUGUUCUUGAAAUUGUAAAAAAAGUUGAAUUCUCAAAAUUGCAAAAUCGCGUUAGACACGAAGUAGAAGAAAAAUUAUCGAAGGAGCAGAGAAAAUAUGUUUUGACCGAACAAAUGAAAUAUAUUAAGAAAGAACUUGGAUUAGAGAAAGAUGACAAACAAUCGAUUCUUCAAUCCUUCAGAGACGCGAUAGAAGGAAGAACGAUUCCUGAAGAUGCAUCGAAAGUGAUUGAUCACGAAUUGAGUCGUUUAUCUUCACUGGAACCUUCAUCAGCGGAAUUCAAUAUUUGCCGUACUUAUCUUGAGUGGCUCACCCAAAUACCCUGGGGCGUAACCACAGUAGAUAAUGAGGACAUUGAGAAAGCUGCUAAGAUUCUUGAUGCGGAUCAUUACGGAUUACAAGACGUUAAAGAUCGUCUCCUCGAAUUAAUGGCUGUCAAUAUUUUGAAGAAAGACACACGGGGGAAGAUAGUUUGUCUAGUUGGACCUCCAGGAGUUGGAAAAACAUCAAUUGGGAAAUCCAUAGCAAAAGCUCUUGAUCGCAAGUUUUAUAGAUUUUCAUUGGGCGGCCUAUCAGAUGUCGCAGAAUUACGAGGGCAUCGGCGUACUUACGUCAGCGCAAUGCCAGGAAAAUUCAUCCAAGCUCUGAAGGAAACCAAAGCAAUCAAUCCAGUCAUACUCUUAGAUGAAAUUGACAAGCUGGGUAAAGAUUUCCGAGGGGAUCCUGCUUCUGCACUUCUAGAGAUUCUGGACCCUCAACAAAACAAUAGUUUCAGAGAUCAUUACGUCGAUCUUCCCGUCGAUCUCUCGAAAGUUCUUUUCUUAUGUUCCGCAAAUGCGACCGAUUCCAUUCCGUCUCCAUUGCUAGAUCGUAUGGAGAUCGUUCGAUUAGCAGGUUAUAUAAAGGAAGAGAAAUUAGCAAUUGCUGAACAAUAUUUGAUUCCGCAAGUGAUUUCUGAAACAGGCGUGAAUGAAGAGAAGAUUGAAAUCAAAGGACCUGUCUUGGAGAAGAUUGUUGCAGAUUAUGCAAGAGAAGCUGGAGUGAGAAAUUUGAGCAAUAUCGAGAAGAUAUUCAGAAAAGUUGCAUUACAAAUUGUUCGAAAAUCCGUCGAGAAGCAAACUGUUGAUCUUUCCAAUUUGAACGACGUUUUUGGGACAGCCACCGUUUCAGUCGGACCGUCUUUUGCGAAAACGCCACCUGGUGUCAUUAUGGGACUUGCAUGGACUCAAAUGGGUGGCAGGUUACCACGCCGUCGAGGACAUCAAAGUCGUCAAAAUCGUCAAAGUCCUCUUCUGAGGCAAGCCACCGAUCGGGGCCAUUUUCGUGUAACUGGACAAUUAGGGGGAGUUAUGAGUGAGAGUUGUCAGAUCGCGUUGUCAUUCGCAAAAUAUUUCCUUUCUGAAUUCGCUCCUGAAAAUCGUUAUCUGGAUGAGGCUCAAAUCCAUCUUCACAUUCCUGAGGGCGCAACUCCUAAAGACGGUCCAUCUGCCGGAAUCACGAUGGCAACAUCUCUGAUUUCAUUAGCAUUGAAAGAGCCAAUCAUUGAAGAUGUUGCGAUGACUGGAGAAUUAACUUUAACAGGGAAAGUGAUAAAGAUCGGAGGAGUGAAGGAAAAAGUGAUUGCGGCAAAACGAGAAAAUGUAAAGAAUCUCGUAUUCCCGCUGGACAAUCUCAAAGACUUCGAGGAGCUUAGUGACAACGUCAAGGCGGGGCUUACAGUGCAUUUCGUCGAAUGUUACGACGACUUGUUUAAUAUUGUUUUCCCAAAACAUUCGAAUUCUAGAGGAUUUACUGUUGCGUCGCGGAUUCCUCGCAGACCCCCAGUUGUACUAAAAAUUCCCGAAGCUCCCGUUGCUCCUCCUGUUGAUGGUUCGAAGAAUGAAGAUUUAGAGAAGGCUGUACAGGCUAGAGAAGCCAAAGGCUGA